CAUAGAAAACAUGAUCUCCUCAAUGGAUCUCUUCCCCUUGCAACAAAAUUAUGCUCUCUUAUUGUGUGCUUUAGCUAUAACUUUAGCCCUUUACUUCUUAUCUUUGAUACCCAAAACUGGUAAACACAAGGUUGUACCUGAAGCAAGUGGUGCAUGGCCUAUAGUAGGUCACUUGAACCUCUUUAGAGAAUCAUCGGAUCUUCGACCCCACGUAGCAUUGGCAGCCAUGGCUGCCAAAUAUGGACCCAUCUUUACUAUCCGGCUUGGCAUACGCAGAGUCAUGGUAGUGCAUAGCUGGCGUAUUGCAAAGGAGAUUUUCACCACACACGAUGCAAUUAUUUCCUCUCGUCCAAAAUAUUUGGCAGCUAAGAUUUUGGGAUAUAAUUACGCAAUGUUUGGAGUCACUCCUUAUGGUCCUUAUUGGAGUGAAAUUCGUAGGAUCAUCUCCUUUGAACUAUUAUCUAGUCGUCGCCUUGAGCAACUUAAGCAUGUUCGAAUGUCUGAACUAGAGAACUCUAUCAAAAGUAUGAACAAGGUUUGGAAGGAGAAGAAAGAUGGGCAAGGAAAAGUGUUAGUGGAAAUGAAGAAAUGGUUUGGGGAAUUCAACAUGAAUGUGGUUCUUAGAAUGGUUGCCGGAAAACGGUAUAGUGGAGCUGCAGAUGGCGAAGAAGAAAAAGAGAUGAACAAGUCUCGUGAAGUGAUGAGGGAAUUUUUCCAUUUCAUGGGGACUUUUGUUGUGGGAGAUACAUUUCUGUUCCUAGGGUGGUUGGAUUUGGGUGGUCAUGAGAAGGCCAUGAAAAGAAUCGCACAUGAAAUUGAUACUAUGGCUGGGAAAUGGUUAAAUGAACACCGAAGAAAGAGAGAUUCUAAAGAAGUUCUCGAGGAGAAAGACUUUAUGGAUGUGAUGAUUUCAUCUUUGGAAGCUGAAGGUUUGGCUGGAUAUGAUGCAGAUACUAUUAUCAAGUCUACAUGCAUGGUUCUAAUUGCUAGCAGUGCAGAUACGACCACUGUGAUGCUAACAUGGGUUCUCUCUCUACUAUUGAAUAAUCCCCAUGCACUUCGAAAAGCACAAGAAGAAAUAGACAUGGUUGUUGGAACUGAUAGAAAAGUAAAUGAAACAAAUAUCACCAAUCUAAUCUACCUACAAGCUAUAAUAAAGGAAACCCUACGACUAUACCCAGCAGGACGUCUUGGAGGCAUGAGAGAAUUUUCGAAGGAUUGCACAGUAGCAGGGCACCAUGUCCCAAAAGGCACAUGGUUGAUGGUCAAUCUGUGGAAACUCCAACAGGAUCCAGAAAUAUGGUCAAACCCAUCAGAGUUUAGGCCGGAGAGGUUCCUAGUUGGGAAUCAUAAGCAUGUUGAUGUUAAGGGGACAAACUUUGAGUUGAUCCCAUUUGGUGCUGGGAGGAGGUGUUGUCCUGGGAUAGCUUUGGCACUUCAGAUUUUACAUACGGUUAUAGCUACUUUGCUACAAAAUUUUGAUUUCAGUACACCAGAUGAUACACCAGUGGACAUGGUUGAAACAACUGGAUUAACAAAUGCCAAGGCAUCUGCUCUUGAAGUUCUGAUCUCCCCACGAAGAUCAUCUACUACCAAUUGGUGAAUAAGUAAGUACUUAGAUUGAAGCGAUUUCAUGAGCCAGCUUGUAUAAUAGAAAAUAAUCGAAGAGAGAUGUGCUCAAAUCUAGUGCUCAAAGCUUUGGUGUAAUAUUAAUUAGACCAUCCAUAUUAUAAUUUUUCUUAUGGAAUAUGAUUAAAAAAAGUUUUUGGACUCUUAUGUCCAAAGUUUAC